CUAUUUUCGUGACUCUGCCUGCCUUUCUGGUUAGUCCAGCUAGUACAGCACAGGUGUCACAAUUUUCAAACUUUACUUACGACGCAUGCCCAGACUAUCUUACCCCUGACUAACAGCAGACAGCGCUUCUGUGAGCUACUUCCUAAACUGGUGGAAGCGAAGUUGUUCAGCAUUGUUUUGGAGUUAAUUUUAACAAAACAGAUCCUGAAACCAUGAACAUCUGUUUUUGCGUGUUCAGUUUGUGUGUGGGACUUUUAACCCCCUGCCUUAGCUAUGUGGAAUACAAGAAGACGGAGUGUGAGGUUAAAGAUCAGAUUGCAGACUGUAGUCACCUGAAGCUCAAGGAAGUUCCUUCAUAUCUUCCUGACAAUAUAACCGUCCUGGACGUGUCACAUAACCAGCUGAGAGAGUUGCCCACUUCUGUUAUGUCACAAUACAAGCAGCUUGUUUAUCUUAAUGCAGGGUUUAACUCAAUCAAGAAAAUACAGCAAGGCUUGUGCCAGACACUGCCACUCCUCCAGGAAUUGAAUUUGGAGCACAAUGAAGUGUAUGAGUUGUCUGAGAAAGACUUUACUUACUGCUCUAACCUCAGUGAACUGAACCUAUCAUCCAACAAGAUCAAAAUCAAAGGAGAUCCUUUUGGAAGCCUAGAGAAUUUGAGAAAAUUGGAUGUGUCUCGCAAUGACCUGACAACUGCUAACCUGGGAACCCAUCCACAACUGCAGAACCUUCAAGAACUUAUCCUGUCAGGAAAUAAAAUAUCUGUGCUUAAGAAAGAUGAGUUUUCCUGUCUGAGCAACACCUCACUGAAACUGCUGGAACUGUCUUCCCUUCCAUUGAAACAGUUUGAGCCAGGAUGCUUCCACUCCAUUGGGCAACUGUAUGGGCUAGUAAUGGAUCACACCAAACUUGAUUCUGUUUUAGCAGAGAAACUCUGUAAUGAGCUGUCAGGAACUGCUCUCCGCAACCUUUCACUGCAGGGCACAACUCUUUCAAAAAUACUUAGCAGCACCUUUAAAGGACUUAAAGCAACUAACCUUACAGCUCUGGAUCUUUCCAAAAAUGGAUUGUCUAUUAUAAAUGACGGUUCAUUUCAGUGGCUUCAGAAAUUAGAAUAUUUAUCCCUUGAGGAGAACAGCAUUGCACAUUUAACCAAAAACACAUUUGCAAACUUGACAACCCUAAACUUCUUAAAUCUUAAGAAAGCCUUGACAAAACAUAAAACAACACCCAUACUUGAUGAUUUCUCCUUUCAGUGGUUUAUAAACCUGGAACAUCUGCUAAUGGACGGAAACGUUUUCAGAGGCAUUACAGAGGAAACUUUCACUGGUUUAAAAAGCCUUAAAUAUUUGAGUUUGAGCAGCUGUUCCAUGAAUAUGAAAACCAUUACCAAUAAAACACUCUACUCUCUGGCCCAGUCACCUCUCGUGUUCCUUAACCUGACAGGAAUUGGAAUCUCAAAACUCGAGAACGGAGCCUUCACAUGGUUCAGAAAUUUAAGUAAGCUAUACAUGGGCCAUAAUGCGAUCAUUCAAACUUUAACUGGAGAAGAAUUUAGAGGGCUCAGCAGUAUUGAAGAGAUUUUCCUGUCUUACAACCAAAAAAUCACCUUGUCGUCUUCAUCUUUUAUCCAUACCCCUACUCUAAGAACUCUAAUGCUUGGACGCACACUGUCUGGAACUCUGGAUUUGAGUCCUUCACCGUUUCAGCCCCUCCAGAACCUUACAGUGCUUGACCUCAGCAACAACAACAUAGCUAACAUUAAUGAGGCUCUGUUCAGUGGACUCCAGCACUUGAAAAUCUUGAAGUUGCAGCACAAUAACUUAGCCCGCCUUUGGAAAAAUGGUAACCCUGGGGGUCCACUGCUAUUCCUCAAAGGUUUAGUUAGCCUUCGGAUACUUCAACUGGACUCUAAUGGUUUGGAUGAGAUCCCCGUUGAUGCAUUUAGAGGACUCUAUAAGCUGGUUCAACUUGAUUUAGGUCCAAAUAACCUAAAUGUUCUUCCAAAGUUCAUUUUUGAUGACCUUACGUCUCUCCGGGUGCUUAACCUUCAAAAAAAUCUCAUUACCUCAGUGGAAAACGGUGUGUUUGAGACCGUCUUCAAAAACUUGCAGACUCUGUAUUUGGGGAAGAAUCCUUUCGACUGCACAUGUGAAAGUAUGUUUUGGUUUGUGAAUUGGCUAAAUAAGACCAAUACCAGUGUUCCCAGAUUGAAUUCACAAUAUGUUUGUAACACCCCACCUUCUUUCUACAACUCCUCUGUCAGCCUGUUUGACACAUCCCCCUGUAAGGACCUUGCACCAUUUAAAAGUCUGUUUAUAUUCAGCGCUAGCUUUUUACUUGUAUUCCUGGUUUGUGUCAUUUUCAUUCGUUUCCAAGGAUGGAGAAUAGAGUUCUUUUGGAAUGUGUCUGUGAGUCGUAUCCUUGGAUACACAGAAGUCGAUAUAGGGGAAAAUAGAUUUGAAUAUGAUGCAUACAUAAUUUGUGCCCCUACUGAUGUGGACUUGGUAGAGAGGAACUUCUCACCCUUGGAAAAUAUUGACCAGGGAGGGUAUCAGUUUUUCUAUGAGGAGCGGGACUUUGCAGCUGGCGUAUCAAAAUUGGAUGCUGUUGUCGGGGGUAUGAGCAGGAGCAGAAAAAUAAUAUUUGUUGUAACUGAAGCUCUAUUAAAGGAUCCUUGGUGCAGAAGGUUCAAGGUGCACCAUGCGAUACAUCAAGUCAUUGAACAGAGCCGGGACUCCAUUGUUCUAAUCUUUCUAGAGGACAUCCCAGAUUACAAAUUAUACCAAUCCCUUUUCCUUCGGAGAGGAAUGAUCAAAUCAUGCUGUAUUUUGCACUGGCCAGUACAGAGGGAUCGUGUAAAAGCUUUUCGUCAGAAAAUGAAGGUGGCGUUGGGUUCAAGUAACAGAAUGCAACAGUAAUAUUUUCACGCUGCCUUCCAAAAAAAAAAAAAAAAAUGUCAGUUUGACAGUUUUAAUUCAAUAUAUUAUGUACAUUCAAGUGUAGUUCUGCAUUUGUCAAUUCAAAAAUCUUAUCCUUGGUGUAAUAGGUUUUAGUACAAAGACCAUUGGAGGAGGGUUUUUUUUUUGUUUUUUUUUUGAGAGUUUGAUCCAGGAUCUUGUACUCUGCAACCUUAAACACUGGUUUGUGGUGCGAAGAGAAAAGGAAGGAUAAAUAACUUUAGUUAACAGACUGUACACCAAUUUAGUAAUAUAAGCCUGAUUAGUGGGCAUUAUCCAUUGAUAGCUGAAGUUGCUUACAACAUGCAAUCGAUAUAUUAUACAGGAAAUCCAUUAUUACAGUAUAUUUUUUAGGUAGAUUACAAGAAUAAUGUUUCUUGAUCUAGCGUUAUUAAAUAAAACACGGGAGAAUUUGUUAAAUAAGUCCAGUAUCCCGCAACAUUGCACAUUUCAACCAUAAAUUGCACUGUUAGUGUGGAAAAAGUUUAUACCUGAUUUUCUUUUACUUUAAUUUGUUGCACCAACAAAAUAGAGAGUCAGAUGAUAAAAUAAAGGAAAAAAAAAAUUGUACAGAAGUUUUGCACUAUUAGUGUUUGUUAAUUUUGUGAUAUUUGGGGCCUUGAAAUGAAUAUUAUUUAAAAUUUAAAAUUUUAUGUAUGGAACUUCAUUUUUUCUUUUAUUCGAAUAGUUUAUUUCAUUGUCCUUACUCUUGUUUUUUGUUGUUUCGAAACAAAAGUAUGUUGAGAAUAGCUAAAUGAUUGAUUUAUUUUGAAUUGUUAAUUUUGAAAAAUGCAAUAUGUUAUGUAGCUUGUAGGGGGAAUUUUUUUAAAAAAAAAUACAGUAUCCACCACUUACACCGUACAGGGUUAUUUCGGGAAGCCGUUUAUAUCGGACAAGUAGCGUUUGCCAUUUGCCAUUCACAUAGAUUUAAAUAACAAAGGCAUCAAUUACACUGUGUUAAGCACAUCGUAUAUUUCGGGCAAACUCAGCUGUUUGGACCUCUGUGCCAUUCACUUAGAUUUAAAUAACAAACUCCCUGCUUAUUACUGUACUAAUCGCUCUUACUAAUCCACCAAUCAGCUGUUUUCACCUCGUUCCCUCACCAUUCACGUAUAUUUCAAUACAAAAGGCAGCACUUUACUGUAGUAAAAGCUUGACAAAUCGAUCAGUCAGCUGUUUGCACCUCGUUACUGAGCGAUUACCCCUGUACUGUACCUUGGCUAUUUAGUCGGGUUUACAGUUUGAAAAAACAGCACUGACUGUAACAGCAGGCAUGGCUGGAAAGAGAAAAGCGAUGGGCAUCCGCACGAAAAUUCAGUGUAAAUAAAAUGUCUUAGAUACUGUGUGCUUGCUAAAGCAUGCUUGCAACUGUGUCGGUUAGAAAACAAUGCAGUGUUGCUUCAAAAAUGCUGGGGUUUCUGUAGUUGAGGAGGAGAGUGCUGAUGAAAAUACAAUCGAAACUGAAACUCUGACAACACCAGAGGGGAUGCUAGAGGAAGAAUUCUCCGGUGUGUCACCUCAGCGACCAGGACGGUCUUGCCUGAAACAGACACCGAUGACGUAAGCAUGGUGCUGCGCUUGUAACACUGCUAAUAUGGAGCAGCAUCUGGAUAUAGAGCCGAACUGGGAUUUUUUAGAAAACACCUACAAGGUUUGCCGUCCAUUUCUGCACUUGCAUUACUUUUUUGCACUUGCUUUUUAUUAUAUUCAUAGGUUAAUACAUAUUUUUUUAUUGGUGUAAUGAGUGUCUUAAUAAAGAUUUUAACUGCAAACACACUUGUUUGU